UUGUGAGUAGAGUUCAUUCACAGCCGAACCAACGGUUUGUCAGCAUUGCCAAAAAAAUUGCCUCACCACCUGAAGUGAAGCAAUCCAGGCUGUAACCCUGCAAGUUACACUGGUUGAAAGCACCGGAUUACUUUGCAUUAGAGAGGAUUUAGUAUCCUGUAUUUAUAGAACCAAUGUGCUGAGCAGGUACUGUGUGUGUGUGAGUGAGUGUUUUUAAAUGAAGAGAAGGCGAGAUUAGUGCAGAGUGUGUCAGAGUGUCCUCAGCUUGUCUCUAUUAGCCAGAAUAAAGCGCCAUGGACUACGAGGAAUUCCGCACCAGAGGGAAGGAGAUGGUGGAUUAUGUGGUCGAUUACCUGCAGUCCAUUGAGGAGCGUCCCGUUUACCCGUCUGUGGAGCCCGGCUACCUGCGCCAUCUCAUCCCAGAGAGCGCCCCCGAGCAGCCCCACUCCUUCGAGGAGGUGAUGAAGGAUGUGGAGAGGGUGGUCAUGCCAGGGAUAACUCACUGGCACAGUCCACAUUUCCAUGCCUAUUUCCCCACGGGAAACUCCGUGCCGGGUAUGCUGGGUGACAUGCUCUCCAAUGCUAUCAGCUGUAUUGGCUUUUCCUGGGUAACACCUUACAGCAGCUGUCACCCCAAGCCAGAGAGUUUCCUCAUCAGCUAUCUGGAAGAUUUCAGUAUGGUGGGAGACCUUUAUAGGACCUCUUGUGACGUGCUAACCACCUUGAUGUUCUGGAAAUCCAUCGAGAAUUACUAG